AUGGCGAGAAAUCAGGGGUCCUGCUCGGCCCGCCCCCGGGGGUGGGGCUGGGAGUGGUCACGUGGAGGGGCGCCGCACCCGGGGUCUCCCGCCCACUCGGCGUCGGGAGCCGGAGCCCGGAGCCGCCAGCGAGGACGCCGCCGCGAGGGCUGGAAAGGCGCCGCCACGCCGGGGCUGCUGAGGUCACGGUCACCGGGGCCUGAGGGCACCUGCUCGCUCCUCCGCCCGCUCCCUGAAAGCUGUGCGGGUGGCUGGACCCGCAGCGGCGACGCCGACGACAGCAGCAGCAGCAGCAGCAGCGAGGACUGGAGCGCGGGCAGCCCCAGCAGCAGCCACGCCAGCAGCGACACCAUGGAUCUGUCUUUUAUGGCCGCGCAGUUGCCCAUGAUGGGAGGAGCAUUCAUGGACUCACCCAACGAGGACUUCAGUACGGAAUACUCCCUGUUCAGCUCCCCGGCCAACGUCCACGCAACCUCCAAUGGCCACGGCCAGCCAGAGGAGUCUCCUCGCUCCUCCAACGAUGCUGUUCUGCUAUGGAUUGCCAUCAUAGCAACAUUGGGGAACAUAGUGGUGGUAGGGGUGGUGUAUGCCUUCACCUUCUGAAGGCACAGGGAUGCUGAAGCUGCGGGGAAGCCCCUCUUGCACUGGACUCACGCGGCAAGGCUAUCCAUGUGGCUCCAUCUUGCUCCCGGCCACUGGAGACGCACCUGUGUUCUAGAUCUAGGCUUGAAUGGCCUCUGGAGGGGCAGCCACUUUGCAUCUGUGACUUCCCCCAGGCAGUUCUGAUUUAGAAUAUCCCAGUGUUGUGGUCGAGCUGAUGGAAGCAAUGCCUUGAAGUUGGUGCUUCCAGCCCCUAAAAGCUUGAUGGGCCAAGUCCUUCCAAUGACAGACUGAACAAUUCUUGAAGUUUCGGUCAGUCCUAGAACACAAGAACAGGUUGAGCAUCUUAUUUAAAAAAAAAAAAAAUGUAGACCUGGUUUGUUGACACUUGCCCAGCAGGCAAUUGUCACUUGGAUGUCUUAUUUUCUGCAGACUUAUUGAACCCAGUGUGUGGGUACUGGGACAAGAAGAACUCUCACCAGUUAGGACUCCCACCUUUUAAUUUUAUGUCCCACUGCUUGGAAUAUUGAUGGUGAUGUUGUAGGGUCAUAGAAUGUUGUGAAAUUGACUUACAGACAGUGCUUUGCCACCAGACACUUAGACCCUUGCAGGACCCAAGUGCAUCAGAAAACCCAAGGACUGGGAUGAAGGCUCUGAUCUUUUUAAAACAAGCAGAGGAUGCCUUCAAAAUUUAGAUCCCCCCAGGCAGUUAACCCUUCACUACCCAAGCAAAGUCACCCUCUCUUCUCCAAGGAUGUGUGGGAGUUAAAAAUGAAUUAGCCGUGUCCCUUCAUCAUUGGACAGAUGUCAUGGCAAAGGGACAUGAUGAUCCUGUGGUUAGAUAAUGAUGGAGUCGGAGCAGCAAGGCAUUCCCUAAUCUGGCUGAGUCUGGUCUCCACCCUAGCCAAGCUCUCUUUUGGGCUCAUCCCCACCUCAGCAACUGAGGCAGAGAUGGAAUCCCCAGGAGGUGUUCAAUGUGGGGACUUCCCAGGUCAUCCAGUGUCUAUGCUGUAAAAUGGUGUAUAGAUGCUGUGAUCUCCCUCACAGGUCUCAUUCCCCACAUCCAUCACUGUAUCCAGCCUACUUGUAAAUGCUUUGGCCCCAGGGGAAGCUGUUAGUAUUGAGAACUGGUCCAACCUCUGUAGCCAAGAAGUAGGGGCAUAGGGUGUCUGCUAAGAUGCCUAGGGUCAUCAGCAGGGCAGGAUGCUGGGCUGGCAGGUAGCUAUUGUGUGCUGGUAUUGGAAGUUGCCAGAUGUUUGCUCUGGCUUCCUGCCUCACUAGCAGGACCCUCCUCAUCACACCCCCAAGUCUUUCCCUAGAGCAAAAGGAGGGGCAUCCUCAUGAGAGAACCCAGGCAAGGGAUGGGGGCAGGAGUGUGCUGUGAUAUCUUCACAUGGCACCUCUUUCCCAGUGCUAUCUGAUUUACCCCAGGGGAGUAGCAGCCAGUGGUCCAUCCCCUACCUUGUCUCCAUGGAGACAGCAAGUUGAGGAGGGAUCGGUGCCUGCUGUGAUGAGAGAGGAAGGGACAGAAAUGAUGAGGACAGCUCCUAGUCUUGUAAAGUAUUGGCAUGUCAGUGCUUCGUAUGUACACACACACACACACACACACACACACACACACACACACAGUCAGUUAAACCCGUGUUGAUGUCUCUCCUGCUCUCCUGGGUCAGAGCCGCAGAUGGUCAUGAGCAUUGGAAGCCCCUUUUGUCCAUAUGGCAUCAACUGGUCCCAUUCUGUCCUUCUGUCCCUGCAGUUUCCUAUCCGAACUUCCUCACCACAGAUGACAGUGAGGAGUAAAUGAUGGGUUCCAGCCAGGGUGAACCACACUCUCCCUCCUGUCUCUGCUUCAUUCUGUCUUGGUCAUCAGGAAAGGGACAAACAGGCCUGAGCUCGGUGCUUGAGUACUGUGAACAGGCACGAUGCUAGAUUUCUGUGCACAGCCUUUGUCCCUCUGUCCCCUCACAACAGCAGUGCCCGAGUGUGCAAAAAGGAAGCCAGAGGCUCGGAGCAGUGGCAUAACUUUCCUGAGGCCACACAGCAUGGAAGUGAGGAUCUGGGAUUGGAACCUGGGAAGCUAGGUUCUUCAGCUGGCUCUCCCUGUGGCACUGUCCCGCCUUCUGAGGCUGAUGGCACCACGGAGGUACAUUUGAACUGGACUUGCAUCUUCAGAAGGUAUUUCCCAAGGUGUCACACUUUGGAAUGGUCUGGGCCAUCCUUGGGUCUCAGACCAUCAGAAUGGGGCAGCCUCGGCAUUGCCUAGACUCAAGAGGUGUGGUCCUUCCCCCACCCAUUCAAGAUUGACCUAGAGUCUCCAUGUAAGCCUCCAAGAAGGGUCCCCGAGGUGGGUUUCUUGGGUGCAUGUAGAAAGGGCCCCAAAGCCCUAAAAAGUUGCACAUUAGAAGGCUUCCAGUGGACAGCACUGAGGUCAGAGUGUGGGCCUCGCCUGUGUGGCAAGUUGACCUAAGCUGAGCUACAGUCUUUCUGUGAGCCCCAAAGCUCUCCCGAGCAGGGAAUGUGUAACUUCUUUGGGAUCCCAGCCAGAACCCCAUUGGCUUUGCCCUGGAUAAGGUGGACCCCAGAACCUCCUUACUUUGACAGGAAGGGCCUGGCCUUUUGUGUAGCUGGCCCUUGGAGAAGUACUGCAUUUUCUGGAAUGUCCUGUGGUCCAUGCAAUCCUAUUAGAGAGACUAAUGAGUCCCUUCCCUGCCCAGAGGGAGCCCUGUCGCUCCUUGCAUGAGUUUCUAGGGUCCCAGGGAGCGGGAAAGGGGGCAGGCCAGUGCCACACAGCCAGAGAGGCAGCAGGCCAGCCUCUUGGGUGGAUGUCUGCCAGCCCACCUUAGCAUUUAUCAGGAUCUGUCUGGGAGCCAGAGCCAUCCGGCUGCCUGUGUGCUCUGCGCACUCUGGUCCUCUCAUGCAGGAGCAUGGCUCCCCUUUGGGAUCAAUGGGUAGUGAAAUCUCUCCUGCUGCCUGUCCUCCUGACAGCUCAUAGACUCCCCAGGUCGGGGCCAGGGAGGAGCAGCUGGAGACUGAAUGGCACGUGUGUACCUGUACCAAGCCCCCCUACCCUCUAUCCCCAAUGACUACUCAGCGCAAGGUGUGGAGGAGAGCAUGCUGAGCUGGAGAGCCCAGAGAUGCAGGCAGAGGUGGAGCCACUCUAAGAAGCUCAGGGGAGUGAAUUACGAGCCCAGGGCACUCCCUGUGUCACCUCCUGGUAUCAGAGCUUGAGCAAGAAGUGUCAUGGGGGAGGGGAUGAACCACACAAACCACAGGGCUAAGGGUGAUGCACAUUACUACCAGGGUGACAAAACCCUGUCAUCAGUCAGGACAGAUGGGGGUACACAUGUUGUAAGUCUGAGUCAUUUCUCCUGGCUCGCUGUGGAUGUCACCGGUGGGUUUUGAUAGGAAAUAAAACCAGAGAGCUAGGAGAUUGCUCAGGGGGUACAUCAUGAGAACUCGAGUUCAGAUCCCCAGAAUCCACAUAAAAUAAGAGGUCUGGGCAUAGCGGUGCAUGUCUGUAAUCCCAGCACUGGAUCGUAGAGAUAGCAGGUCCAUGGGGCUCACGGGCCAGCUAUUCUAACCAAAAAGGUGAGCUCAGGUUCCAUGAGAGACCCUG